UUGGCGGCUCUAUCAGCUUUGUGAACCAACCAAGCGGGUUAUUUCAUUUCUAAGUUUAGCGUCGUCUGUAGUGCGGCAUUUCCAUAAGUGUAAAUUUGUUUUUGGAUUCAUUUAUUUGUGUUAAGUAAAAUAAGUACAAUACUGUGAAGGCAUAUUAUUAACUAAUUAACAUGGAUGAUGAUAACAACGAUAUUCCUCGUGUUACUCGCGCACGAACACGCCGCCUGUCCACUCUCGAUACUGAUAGCCGACCGUCGACGCCGCUGCUCGAUGCAACUGUUGAGCGUGCAUCGCCACGCCCCAUGCGUAAAACUCGCUUGAACUCGGCCACAGUGGAUUUAAGGACACCCACACGUUCAACGCGUUUAUCUGUGGCACGUGGAGAGACGCCAGAACCCAUCACACCUAAUGUCAGCUUGUCAGCUGCCAAACGUGGUACACGCACUCCGGCCAAGUCGGUCCGUAAGCCGCCGUUUCCAUUGAAAGAAGACCUUGUCGAAGAGGGAAACGAGGAGCAGGUGCAGGUGCAGGCGACGGCGAUGGUGAAGGAAACCAAAACGGAUGUGGUCACUGAGGCAACUGAGGCUGGCGGCAUAGCCGACUCCACACGUAAAACUCCAUCGCGUUCUGUUGAUUUAUUGGCAACUCCUAAUGUAACGCCCACAGAUGAAAGGCGUGUAACGCGUUCCAUGUCAAAAACACCACCAGUUCCAGCGAUCUUGACUAGCCAGAAUAUUCCACAGCCGCAAUUUGAUAUCAAUAAUUCGUUGGAAGAAAAGCAAACAAAAGAAGUGAUUGAAAAUGUUGAUACGCCAGUUAUUGGUGAGCAAUUGUUGCCGCAUAAUGAUGGCUCGAAUAAAGCAUCUUCAAUUACUUCUGGUUUGAAUAAUAACAAACUAGCAAAGCUACAAGUCAAGCUUAAAAACCUCACCGUGGAGAAAUCUGACUCUCAGGCAGAUUCCAACAGGAAUGAGGCGACAGUGGUCGACAAAGUCGAGCCAAAGGAUAAAGAAGAUACCUUGAAGGAAGACAAACCAAUCAGCUUGGAUGAUUCAGACUCGCAGAUGGAGUAUAACACUCCAAACGAGUCGAUGGAAGAGGUCAAAACAGCCAAACUGAACCAGAAGCAGGAAGAGGCAGUGAAAGAUAAAGAAGAUAUCGUGAUAAAGGAUGAUAAGGACUCGCAGGCAGAGUGCCAAACUCCAAAGUCAGGCCAAGAAGUAAAUCCUAAAAUAAACGAUAAUAAAGAGACCGUUGUCGACAAAGUCGAUCCCAAGGAUCAAGAAGUAAUCACGGAGGCUGAUAAAGACAACAACUUGAACAAAACAGAAACGCAGGCAGUAACAACAAUAAAAACCAACAUUAACGAAGAGUCAGUCAUCCCGAAAAUAGAGCAGACUAAAGACAUAGAAACAGUCGCACUGGAUAAUGAACCUAACGUAUUUGAUGACGAUGUAUCCAUGGAGGAACUGGUUGUACCGCCAGAGCACGAUCAAAAAAUUGAUGUUCAGGUCACCGAAGACCUUCGUUUGCCGGACUUAACGCCAAAGAUUAUGUCACGCGUGCUGGAAACGAAACCAGUUGAUUCCAAGAAAAAGGUGGACUUCGGUGGUGAUGCUGAAGCUGAGAAUGAUGGCAAGCUGAAAUAUCCAAAGACUCCAGCGCGCCUUAAUACACCACCGAUGAACAUUGUCCAAAAAAUGGACAAGAAAGAUAUUAGUCUAAAGGCUGAGACGCCAAUAAAGGCCAUGAUAUUAAAGAAGCGCCACAGCUCGACGCCUUUGGCCAAGCCAGAGUCCGUAUUGAGCAAGGCAGAUGAUGAGUCCAUUGUCACAAAUCCGCCACCACUUCAAAUUGACGUCAUCCAACCACUGUCCGAUUUGGAGAGCAAAGCAGUUCCAGUUUCAGAGGUUCAGAUUACGAAGGAGAAGUUAGCACGUCGUCUGGUCAGCGAGGAUGAAGACGAGGACGAGGAAGAGGAAGAGGAGCAUGAUGAAGAAGAGCCUGGUGUAUGCGAGUUUUUUGACAACGAAGUCGAGGUUGUCGAUAAUUACCAAUCUGGCGAUUCAAUGGAUAGCUCUGAACGCCGUGAGAUUCUGGAAAAUGAAGUACCCCAUGAUGGCGAAUCCGUAGGCAGCCAGGAUACAAGUGAUGAUGGCUCUGAGGAGAGUGAUGCUGAAAAUUUAUCGUUCAUAGUAUCCGACAAUGAAGUCGACGAGGGUGAAGAUGACGUUGAAGACUUGUGCUUCUCAUCCGAAGUCGAGUCUGUGGCCAGUGACUCCAAGAACACCAAGAAACGUCGACGUAUUGUAGUUCACGAUUCCAGUGAUGAGGAAGAUACUGCUGAAAAGGAAAAUGAAAGCAAAGAACAAUCAGCUGGCGAGUCGGCAAAUAAGAGUAAAAAUGCGAGUGGAAAGGGAGCAAAGAUGCUAAAUCUAUCUAAAGAGAAAUGCGCCGAGAAAGAGCCAAAUAAAUCAAUUUCCCUUAACAAAACUGCGUCUGUGGAUCGCGAUGAUUUAGAGGUUGAAGAGCUUCAUUCCACCUCAGACGAGGGCGAUGAAAACGAGAUUGUAAAGCGUAACAAAUCCCACAACAAGAGUAUUUACGAAGUGCCGGAUUCUAGUGAGGAAUCAGAUGGAGAGAAUGUUGCAGAUAAUUCUUCACCCACUAAGGCAAAUAAACAACUUUCACCAGAGAAAGAGGAAUCUAUGUUGAAGGUAGACAGUCCAACUCCGAUGGACGAGGAUGCCUCCACUGAAGACAAGUUACCCAUUCCCAUUCCGGAUGCUGUUGAGAAAACAGUUGAAUCUAGCUCCAAGUCAUCAGCAUUCCAUAAUAAAGAAAAACGCGACGACGAUGCCGUGCUCCUGUCUCAGCUCUCCUCCUGUGACCUAUCGCAUUUGCAGCAAAUGUUUAAUCCCCUACAGAAGUCGCGUCGCCAAACACUUUACCAUCAGGGUCCUGAAAUGUCUGACAUGGAACCAAAACCCAAAUUGAAGCGACGCAGUGAACAACUUAACAGCGAUGUAAAGCCAUCUCAAUCAUUCAUCGAAACCCUGGCCGAGGAAAAGAGUCAACGGUUGAAGCGCAAGCACAUGUCCAAGAGCUUCUGUGGAACUGCCGACGACUUGGAUACCAGCGCUGUGCAAGAGGUCAAAAGUAAGAAGGCUAAGAAGACAUGCGAUGAUGAGAAAACAGACGAGGUGGAAUCAUCCGCUACCACUGCCGACUUGCCAGAGCAGCCUAAAGCACAGCAUGAAGUCAAAAAGCCAUCAGAUCCGCCAAAGGAUACCGCCUUCUACCUAGACUACUGUGACACCAUUCUGCAGGCGGCCAACGAAGCGAUGCUGGAGCAGAAGAAACAACGCAUCGCUUCUGGUAAGAAGCCAAAAAGUGUCAAGCGCUCUGCAGUUAAGUCUGCUAGCGACGCCGUGGAGCUACCGUCCACUUCCGAUGCAGUUGCCCCAGUGACUGCCAAUCCAGAAUCCGAGAAGGCGACGACGCUUAAGAAGAAUGUGAAGCGUCUGCAGGCCACCAAGCAGGCUGUUAAGCACGCCAUGCAGCUUCUAGCGCCGGAUUCAGGCAGCAAAGAGCCUCAAUCACUGGCUCGCAAAUUGUCGCCUCAACCGCCGGAAAAUGCCAAGAGUACAAAGGACAACAACAAGCAGACCGUUAAGAGGAAGAAGCCCAAAGUGGCACAAGUGUCGCCAAUUAAGAGCUCGGACGAGGAGAAUCAUCAUGCCGUCAAACGGAUUAAAACUAGUGCUGGCUAUGUAGUUAUAUCCGACGUAGACAAAGACGGAAUUGAGCUUGUUAAAACGCGUUCGGGCAUUGUGAAAGUCGAGCCCUGCACUCCAAGACAAAAGUAUUUCAAAGAAGUUCCAUCAACGCCAUAUAAUCGCUCGGGUCUAUCAGAGGUUUCUGCAGCUUCGAAAGCUAAAAAGAAGCUGGCAACUGCAGGUGGACAAUCGAAUGUCAAUCGAAACCCAGCUACGGAGUCGGCACUGCGAUUCAAGAGGGAAAUUUUUGGUAGAUCAUCAAAAUAAGUAUACAUAUUAGUUAUUUAGUCGUUAGUCGGACAAUCCGAUGUCUUCAAUAUUUUCUUAGUUCUUUUUUUGUUUCUAUAUUCUUUUCAAAUGUUAAAUUUUCAAAAUUUCUGGAAUUGAAUUCAUUUUUUGUUUAAUGGGAAUUUUCUUAUUUAGUUACU